AUGGUCCUGCCCUUCGACAAGGUGAAGCGUGUUCUCGAUGAGGCUUGCCGCGAGUGGGAUGAGCACAUUUUCAUUGCCGGGGACUCUCCCUUCCAAACGGUGUCCCUCAUUGGCGAAGACCAGUCCGAGGUGGAAGUGGUCUUCGGACCGCUCCAUGGCCCUCGGCGCUAUGUCUUCCCUCUGUCGGAGUGCAAGAUCUUGCCCUGCGACAACAUCACCAGCGAGUGGCUGGCCGUGCUGCUGGCCCAGAAGUGCGCAUGCUUCCCCCCCUGA